CAGGAGAACCCAUGUUUCGUUUUGGAAAGAUAAAGGUUUCAACUUUUUGUGUGUGAUUCAUGAAACCCUCUCUGUUAUUGUCCUUGCGCUUCGCUUUCACCUGAUCCUCUGUUUCUGUUUUUGGAUAAAGUUCCUAAAGUUUUGAGCUUUGUGUCCUCUCUUUUGGAAAAAAAGGCUGAUCUUUUGGGGGGUUUGGUUUCUAAUUAAGGGUCUGUGUGUCUGGUCUUUCUUGGUUUGGUGAGAUCAAGAGCUAUAGAGGAUCUUAGGAGUGAUCAAAACCCCACCAGAUACAGAGGAUCUGUCCCAUAGAUCCGUCAGAUCUGUUCACCAAAGGUACGCACUUCUUCUUGAUUCGCUACUCUUUGGCCAAGCUAGUGUGAGCUGAGUUGGAUGUAGUAUUAUCACUAAAGACCAUCAGACCAUGACUUAGAGAAGAAGGAGUAGAAGAAUAUGAAGUUUGUGUAGCCGUUAAGGUGUGGUGGAAGUAGCAUAAGAGUAGCUAGCUCAUGGACGAGAUUUCACCAGCAGUUGCACUGACUUUGAGCUUAGCCAACACCAUGUGUGACUCAGGAAUCUCGUCGACUUUAGAUAUCACCGAGAUGAAGAAUGUUACUGAUGCAGUUGACAUGUUGUCCCAUCAGAAAGAUCAAAGUUACAGUAAUGGAGAGGUUGAACAUAUGAUGGAAGACAAAACACUAUCUGAAGCUAGAUCCUUGUCUUCUGAUUUAGGCGUAGCUGUCCAAGAAUCAGAAGAAGAUGAGGUAUUAGUAGUAUCUGAUGAUGCGACUAUUAUAAGCGAGGGUUUAAUAGUUGUGAACGCUAGGUCUGAAAUAACUUUGCCAGAUACAGAUAACGGGAGGGUUCUAGCUACGGCCAUUAUCAUAAACGAGACGACCAUAGAUCAGGUUCCCACAGCUGAAGUCCUUAUAACGAGUCUGAAUCACGAUGUGAGUAUGGAAGCGACAGCUUCAGAGGUAGUCAUUAGGUUGCCUGAAGAAACUCAUCAUAACGUUGCAAGAGGAAGCAGGAGUGUCUAUGAACUUGAAUGUAUACCUCUUUGGGGCACUGUUUCAAUCUGCGGUGGAAGAUCUGAGAUGGAGGAUGCUGUCAGUGCUUUGCCUCAUUGUCUGAAAAUACCUAUUAAAAUGCUUAUGGGGGAUCAUGAAGGGAUGAGUCCAAGUCUCACACACCUCACUAGUCACUUCUUUGGUGUAUAUGAUGGCCAUGGAGGCGCUCAGGUUGCUGACUAUUGUCAAGAUAGAAUCCAUUUUGCUUUGGCUGAAGAAAUCGAACGGAUCAAAGAAGAGUUGUGCGAGAGGAACACUGGCGAGGGUAGGCAGGUCCAGUGGGAGAAAGUCUUUGUCGAUUGCUAUCUGAAAGUUGAUGGUGAAGUUAAAGGCAAAGUCAGUAGACCUGUUGUUGGUUCUUCUUCUGAUGAGAUGGUUCUCGAGGCUGUUUCCCCUGAAACCGUGGGAUCAACUGCUGUGGUUGCUCUGGUCUGCUCAUCACAUAUAAUAGUCUCAAACUGUGGUGAUUCAAGAGCUGUCCUACUCCGUGGCAAAGACUCCAUGCCUUUAUCAGUUGAUCACAAACCAGAUAGAGAGGAUGAGUAUGCAAGAAUAGAGAGAGCUGGAGGAAAAGUUAUACAAUGGCAAGGCGCACGUGUUUCCGGCGUUCUCGCCAUGUCAAGAUCCAUUGGUGAUGAAUAUCUGGAGCCAUAUGUGAUACCAGAUCCUGAAGUGACGUUUAUGCCACGAGCAAGAGAAGACGAGUGUCUUAUAUUAGCCAGUGAUGGACUCUGGGAUGUGAUAAGUAACCAAGAUGCUUGCGAGUUUGCAAGGAAAAGGAUCUUGUGGUGGCACAAGAAGAAUGGAGCAUUGCCUUUAGCUGAGAGAGGUGUAGGGGAAGACCAAGCUUGCCAAGCCGCAGCUGAUUAUCUCUCCAAACUCGCUAUUCAGAAGGGAAGCAAAGACAAUAUCUCUAUCAUAGUGGUUGACCUGAAAGCUCAGAGAAAGUUCAAGACCAAAUCUUGAAAACAGUGUACGCUCCAGCUCUUCUUACAAUACUAUAUAAUUUUUAUUAUUUUUUAAUUUCCACAAGUUUUACAUAAAAAAUAAGAAGUGAAAAUGUUGAAGGAGAAGAAGAAUUAAGACCUUGAUGAUAGCUAAAGUCCAUUCCUUUUUCUCAUGGACUUGAAUGUGUAUGUUUGUUAUGUAUAAGAAGAAUAGAAGAAAUGUUCUUUUCUUGUCUUAUAAAAUGUAGAUGGACAUGUUGUGUG